UUCCGGUUUAGGCUGAAAUUGACACACAAUGAGGAGCAGGGAAUAACCUCGCGAAACGCCGCUGUAAAUAAAUAACGUUUGAAGAAUCACUGAAGCCACAGAAUCAUGGAGAAUCAGUGCACAGUGCAGGUGAAGCUGGAGCUAGGACAUCGAGCCCAGCUGAGGAAGAAGGUGACCUCGGAGGGCUUCACCCAUGACUGGAUGGUGUUUGUGCGAGGGCCUGAGACGGGGGACAUACAACACUUUGUGGAGAAGGUCGUCUUCAGGCUGCACGAGAGCUUCCCCAAACCCAAGAGAGUAUGCAAGGAGCCACCAUACAAAGUGGAGGAGUCGGGCUAUGCUGGGUUCCUCAUGCCCAUCGAGGUCUACUUCAAGAACAAGGAGGAGCCCAAGAAGGUGUGCUUCAACUAUGACCUCUUCCUGAACCUGGAGGGGAACCCUCCUGUCAAUCACCUGCGCUGUGAGAAGCUCACCUUUAACAACCCCACCCGGGAGUUCAGACGCAAGCUGGUCAAGGCUGGAGGGGUCAUGGUGGUGCCAGAAGGGGCAGAGGCGGUGUCGAGGCCCAGUCCAGACUACCCCAUGCUCCCCACCAUCCCACUGUCUGCCUUCUCAGACCCCAAGAAGACCAAAACCUCCCAUGGAUCAAAGGAGCCCAGUAAAGAGGGCAGUGGAGGCAGCAAUAAAGGGCCCAAGCCCCACAAGCUGACCAAGGAGCACCGUGAACGCCCCCGCAAAGACUCUGAGAGCAAGGCGGGGUCCAAGGGCGACAGCGACCGCGACGGGGGAGGAGGGGGCAGCAGCAAGAGCGCCCGUGAGCCCUCCUCUUCCUCGUCCAAGAAGCCAGCAGAGAUCAAAGUCAAAGAUGAGGGCAAGGUCCUUCCCAAGGCCGCCUUCAAAGAGCCCAAACUUACCCUGAAGGAGGCCAAGAUGGAGGGCAUGUCCCCCAAAGGAGGGGGGGGAGGGGGCGGUGGGGGAGGAGGAGGGCUCCCGCUGGAGUCCAAAGGCCCCGGGAAGCGGCCCUCCACUGUGGAGUCUCCUAAACCCAGUGCCAAGAAGCAGAAGAAGAGCAGCUCAGAGGGAUCUAAAGGGACAGCUGCAGGGCCCUUCACCGGAGCCUCUCCCCGGGUCUCCUCAUCGUCUGCAGCCGCCCCUGGCUACCCAGAGAAGAAACCCCCCAAGGAGAAGGGUCGUUGGCCCAAGGGCAGCAAGGCCGACACUCAGGAGGUCAAGGAGCCCAAGAAGCUGCCUGAGUCUGACGACUCCAACUCUGAGGAUGAAGCCUCAUCCAAAUCAGAGCAGUCAGCCCCUUCCAGUCCCUCUAACUCAAGCUCCAGCUCUGAUUCCAGCUCAGAAUCUGACUUUGAGCCUGGACAGAAACAAGGCCAAGGCCCGCUGCGCUCUAUGGUGGAGGACCUACAGUCAGAGGAGUCAGAUGACGACAGCAGCUCUGAGGAAGGGACGCCUGUCAAGACCAACCCGCCCAACCGGGACUCACGACUGAGCCUGGACAGUGAGAGUGACAGCAGUGACGGCUCGCACCGCCCCAGUCGAGACCCGGUGCCACCUCCACAGAAACACAGCUCCUCCAAUAACAAGGUAAAACAUAGCUCCUCCAAUAACAAGGUAAAACACAGCUCCUCCAAUAACAAGGUAAAACACAGCUCCUCCAAUAACAAGGUAAAACACAGCUCCUCCAAUAACAAGGUCUUGGCCAGGAAGAGCCCAGACAUCUGUAGCCGCCCAGAGAAGGUGCUGAAGAAAGGAUACGAGAAGGUAGGAAGGGCCUACACAGAGGAGCUGGUGGAUCUCCACCGCAGACUGAUGGCUCUGAGGGAGCGCAACGUCCUACAGCAGAUAGUGAAUCUUAUCGAGGAGACGGGCCACUUCAACGUGACCAACACCACCUUUGACUUUGACCUGUUCUCUCUGGACGAGACGACCGUCCGCAAACUACAGAGUUACCUGGAGGACACAGCCACGUGACAGCAAGCCCGUAGCGCAGUCCCUGGACCCCCACUGGGGGGGAGUAGUAACAGAAGCUACAGCCACACACCAGACAGAGCUAAACCACAGAACAACAACAGAACACACACUUUCACUUGUCGCUGGAGAAGAACAGAGGAACAGGGUGAGGGGAGGAGAGAGGUCAGAGUAAGAGAGAGCAGCUAUGCCACUGGCCCUCUACCCUGGACUGGACUGGAGAACAGGACUAGGAGCUGGCCUGUCUGGACUGGGUCUGGCAGGAGACGUAUUAUAUAUGUUUCUUGUCGAGAACAGCACAGCAGCCUGUGUGCAGAACUGUGGAAUGCGACCACUCUACUCUCCCUCCUGCCCUCCCCCCUCACAUCUAGCCUUUGCAAACCCAAUACUUCCCCCCUCUAUCUCCUCCCUCCCCACUCACACUCCCUUAGUCGACACAACACUCCUCCCCUCUCCCCCCUCUCAGCUGGAGUUCAUAUCUCUGUAGGAAUUUUCCUGUCUGGGUGAGAGUGUGUGUCUGGGUGAGAGUGUGUGUCUGGGUGAGAGUGUGUGUCUGGUUGAGAGUGUGUGUCUGGGUGAGAGUGUGUGUCUGGGCGAGAGUGUGUGUCUGGGCGAGAGUGUGUGUCUGGGCGAGCAGGUGUGUUUGGGCGUGCAUUUCAAAGGCUUUAGGGGGAUGAUAUCUUUGGUUAGUGACUCUUUAAGCUUGAGCACAAGCAACAGCCCUUAAACACACACACACACUGUGAGAGGCAUUUGGGUCCCAUUCCAGAGUGUCUUCACAUAUGCAGCUACUAAGUUGUGUACGUGCCUGUUGGUGGUAGUGUGUUUUAGAUGGGGUUCAUCUCUUGUCUGUUCAGUUUCCCUUCACUCCCUCUUUGAAAGCUGAACCGUGACACCCCCUCCCCUCUUCUAUCUUGAUGUGCAUGAAAGGGCUCAACUUCUGGGGAAAAGAUCACUUCUGAAUUGCCUUUUUAGUGGUGGGGGGUAAAAAGCUGUGACAAAUAGCCAUAGUCUCCCAGAUCCAAGAAAAAAAAGGGGCCACGCUUUUUUACAUUUAAUUUUUGUACUGAUACGUUUGGAGUAUUUCUGGGAUUGCGGUUCAGAUACCUGUGAGCUAUGAAUGUAUUCCUGUUCAUUUUCUAGGGCUAGCAACAAACCUACUAUCCUCUUAGUGCCUUUUAUGUCUGUCCACUGACACUGGUUAAACAGCAAAGUCCUUCCUUUGACUAAAUGUUAAUUGGGAAGCCUGAAACUCCAGUUUUAUCUUAACAGUGCCCUCUCUUGAAAUCAGUUGAUGCUCCUCGUGCGGUUUGUCUGCAGAUUUGAAGCUUCUUCCAGGGAUCUAUCUCUGCUGUUAUAAGGAACAUAAGCCUUCCAGAAAUCCUAAGACACUGCAUUAGCAGUGGUCCUUUAGGGAAGUUCAGGCGUCUUCAAAUUAUUGCCUUUUCUUUCCAGAUCGUAAUAUGAAUGGUUGUAUAGCUCAUGUUCUGUUGUCUGAGGUGUAGUUUUCUAUGGGAAGGGACCGUGCCAGACCAGGCAUAUCAUUAUGGAAAGGGACAGUGCCAGACCAGGCCUAUCACUCAGUCAAUCUGCUAGACAUGUUCCUCUUACUGUGGCCCCUCUAGCCUUCACAUCCACUGUGGUUUCACACUCAGACUAAUGGGCUGUCUCUUCUCCUCUCUUUGGGUGAUCCCCUCCCUGCUUCAUUCCCCCCUCACUUUUCUUUCUGUUUCACCUCGUGAACAGUUGUAUUUAUUCUAAUGCUAAUAGCUUUAAUAGUUAUGUCCGUUCUGUUGCCUGCCUCUGCAAAGUGCACACUCACCUCUCUGGCCCUUCUCCUCUGUGAGGGUGCUGUGGUGUUGAGGACUCUGAAUGUGUGGUUCUGUUCUAGAGUGAAACAACAACCGCCUUAUGUUCCUCUCAGCAUCCACUCUGCUCUGUCCACCACCCUUUUGUUUGUCUGGGUGUGCCUAUGUCAACACAAGUCCCCGCAAGUGAUUUUUAAGAUGAAUUUGCAUCUGUGAGUGUGAUAGAUUGUGUGUCAAGCGAGUGGAAAAAGAGAACGUUGCUGUCCUCUUGUGUGUGUGAACUUUUAACUCCCAAGUCCUAGUUCAUGAACUCUACCCCUUGACCGGGGGCGCUCAGUUUUUCCCUUGUCAUGGAGUUGGGGCAUGAAGGUGAAGGGUGUGGGGGGGUGGGGAAGGGCUGCUGAAGGGGUCAGUGGCAGGGAGCUCUGUGCAGCUCUCCCAGAGAGAACCCCAUCUACCAUCUACGAACAGUCAAUCUUUUAUUUAUGUACCUCUGCACUUUUGGCUGUGGUGACUUAAGUACUUAAGUAAUUAUCUAAACUGUAUUUUUAAGAAUUUUAUACAAUAUUUACAUGCAAUACAAAUAGAUUUUUUGCCAACGUUUUUUAAAAUUCUUAUUUAAUUGUUUUUAUUUGUAUUGGCAUGUUUUGUCAUUAUACAUACAGAAACAUGCUGUCAGUUCUGUUAAUUAUAGUGUUGCGUCAAGGAAAACUUCCCUAAAUGUUGUAUUGUGUAUCAUAGUUGUUGCAGUUGAACACCAUGGAACAGGUGUUGGGAAUAUGUUUGAUGUAUGAGCUAAUCAUGUCGAUAUCAUCCAGUAUAAUUAUAUCAAGCAGGAAAAGGUGGACUUUUCAGUGAGAAUAAGUAUUUUUAUGUGUAUGUCCUAUUAUAAUUUGAGUGUUUUUAACUCAAAGUGAGGCAGCGUUCUAUUUGUCCGUACUCUAUGAGGUAUGGUUACGAAGCCCGGGCAUAAACUGUCACCCCCGUUCAAUAUUUCUCUGUAUUUUUUAAAUCGAAUUUCGAUCCCUUAAUCUCUUAAAUAAGAACACCAUAGGAAAAGAUACCAUGCCAAUUCAAAGUAUAUUAUAUAGUCUAUAUAUAUAUUUAAAUGUAUGAAAAGCAAAGGUAGACCAUCUACUCUGGAUUUGAACAGGAAAAAAAUACAAAAAAAAGCAACGAAUGGUGACUGUUCCUUAGGAAUCUGAAGUGGCAUGGGCAGAGGGCCGUUUUCUGUAUCAGUGGUUAUUAUACGUGUCUCUAAUCAGGUUUCCAUCCAACAUUUUUAUGCGAGUAAAGUACAUGUCGGAUAAAAAAAUAUCAUGACCGUUCUAUUGGAGACAGAACCUUUUUCGGUAAACUUUACAAAUGUCGACAAAACAAAACACGCUGGACAAGGUGGGAUAUUUGUGUGUAGGUAAAAUGAAUUAUGAACGAAAUGUAUCUGGAAACUCAUUUAUGCGCAAAUAUUGAUAAAUACAUCUGGAGUCACGCGAUGACGUGUGGUUCUCCCGCUACGAUUAGUCGGGAAAGCAUGCCGUUUAUUAAAUUACAGAUUAAAUGAAUAAUUAUAAUCUUAGGCCAGCGUUUCCCAACUCCGGUCCUCCAGUACCCCCAACGUCACACACUUUUAUUGUAGCCCCGGACAAAAACACCUGAUUCAAUUUGUCAAGGACUUGAUGAUUAGUUGACGAGUAGUAACACGUUUGCUUGUCCUGGGCCACAACAGACCGAGUUUGGGAAACCGUCGGCUAGAGCUCAGGUGUCAAUACCAGAUUGGGCACACUCGCUAUAUAACGCAAAAUGCUUUGUUAGAACCACCGGUAGAGUUCAAAAUGCGAUGGAAACUUUUAAUAGUAUUUUUUUAUUCGGUACAUGGGAGUUUAACCGCAACGUGUAUUUAUUUGAAUGUGCAUCACGUCAUCAUGCACAGCCUUUUAUUUGCAACUAGUCAAUUUGAUUUUAACGCAUCUCUGGUGGGAAAAUGAACAUAUUGUUUUUAAUGCGGAUUUUAGAAUAUUCGCAUGAAAAUCUGUCGACAGUUGGAUGGAAACCUAGUUUGUGACAGGGUACGUGUAAGCUUUAUUUAUCAAGGCAGGGUUUGCUGGCGGGAAGGGGUGAUAGUGCUACCAUGGGCUGAACGACAGAACACGAUUUGGUAUUUUAAACUUGGCAUACGAUGCCACCAUGUGGCCAUACAAUGCAAGUUGUGUUAAGUACAAAAAUGUUAUUUUAAUGUUAUUUUUUAUUUUGAAAUCAUAUAUUAUUAAUAAAGUCAUUGAGUACUGUC